AUGAGUACCCAUCCAGAACCAUCUGAUAGGCCCGUAACAACAUCAUCAACUGAUUUGGCAAAUCUGGGAGCUCAGCUGAACGAAGUUCUCAAUCGAUUUAAUGAGCUAAGCGUUGACAUGAUGGCCCAACGGCGCAUGAUCGACCAAUUGGUCACUGGUGGUGCUAGCAGUGAGCAACAACAUGAGCCCUUACCCCCUGGCCAAUUUGAACCUCAACCAAUACUCUUACCUUAUACUCAAGUUCCUGUUACUUCACAUGUCAUAAAUCCAUCUGAAGAGGCCUUUACCUAUCCCACUCAUGGCCCACCACUUACUUAUGCACCUAACAUCCAAAUUAACCCCUCUCAUGCCCAAAUUCUCCAGAAUUAUCCGCCAAUUGCUAUGAGCAUGUCAUUCGAACCUCAGGGACCCUAUUAUUACUCUGCCGCUGAGCCAUUUACCCUAGAUACCGCCGUCAAAGGAAAAGCUGAAGUUGGGGAAUCAUCCGCGCCGGUGGAUAAGAACUUGCUAAAGAGAUUGGAUCGGUUUGAAGAGUUUAUAAAGAAAAACCAAGGUUUGAACAAGCAAGGAGGUUUGGACUACAACGAGCUGUGCCUAUUUCCGAAUAUGCAAUUGUCAGCGGGUUUCAAAGUACCCAAAUUUAGCAAGUACGAUGGAACGGGGAAUCCCAAGACUCACCUUCGGUUGUUUGCAAACAAGCUAGGGAAGCCGAUAGAUGAUGAGAAUCUACCUAUGCGCUUAUUUCCCGAGAGUCUAGAAGGCGACGCAUUGGAUUGGUAUUCCAAUUUGAUGCCUGAGAAUAUGAGAUCUUGGAUGGAUUUGUCAACCGCUUUUAUGAGGCAGUAUGAAUACAAUUGUGAGCUCGCUCCAACGAGGACCACAUUGGAGGGGACUAAGAGGAAACCAUCGGAGGACCAUAAGACAUAUGCGAAGAGAUGGAAGAAAUUGGCCGCCAAGGUGGAGCCUCCUAUGACUGAAAACGAGAUUGUUCAUACGUUCAUCAAAACUCAUGACCCGCCUUACUUUGAGGAAAUCUUUCGAAUGACGGGGUGUUUCUUUGCCGAAAUUGUCAAUAAAUUGGAAGAAUAUGAUGAGUUUAUGAGGGCAGGAAAGAUUGUUAACAUAUCGGCUCUGAAAUCGCAAUUGGAAGCGAUGCAAAGUGAAGGCAGCAAUAGCAAGAAAUUCCCGUUUAAAAAGAGAGAAGAGGAAGCUUCAUUUGUCUCGAACCGAGGCCCUACUUUCCGACCUAGAUACCAACAAAGCCCCACCUACUCAUCCCAUUACCCGUACCAAUCACACCUUUGA